GCGCCACCUGCUGGUGAGAAGUGACACAAAGGCGGGACUUUAAUGGCUCAGCGGCUUCAGCAAUCUCAUUGGUCUGAGUAGAUCACUAGCCCCGCCCCUUUCCGUGGCCGUCGUUGGUCAGAAGCCGCUGUCAGUGUGGAGCUUCAUCAUCAGAGAGAGAGAGAGAGAGAGCGGGGUCUUCAUCAUCAUCACAGAGAGAGAGAGUGGGGUGAGCGGCUUCAUCAUCACACAGAGAGAGAGAGUGGGGUCUUCAUCACAGAAAGAGAGAGUGGGGUGAGCAGCUUCAUCAUCAUCAGAGAGAGAGAGAGACAGCGGGGUCUUCAUCACAGAGAGAGAGAGCGGGAGGAAACGAUGGACUUUGUUUAUUCAUGAGAGGAUUAGUGAGGACGGAUCCAGUGCACCGUCAUCCACCAGGAGAGAGGAACCGAAGGAUGGAGGGAUGAAUGGAUGCUGGAAGACUGAAGGAGUGCUCAUUUUUCUCUCUAAAAAUGGCCGCACACAUCGGAACAACACGCAGGAGACAACAAAGAGGAUUUCUGAAAUAAUUCCGACUGGGACGGACACACACACAUUACACACACUACACUGUUGCCAGAUUGGGCGGUUUCAAGUGCAUUUUCGCAGGUUUUGAACAUAUUUUGGGCUGGAAAACGUCAGCAGUAUCUGGCAACAAUGCACACAUUAUAUAUAUAUACACACACGGUGUGUGCUCUCAGAUGAAGGACAACACGUGAUGUAAAGCUCUGAUGCCAUGAUGACGGCUGUGUACCCGGCCGAUGUGGGCGUGCCGUUGGCUGUGCGUCCUCGGAGUUCCUCCCGCUGUACCGGGCAGGACAGCUCGGACAUGUUUACAGAUGAUGAAGGUGUUCCAGAGCGCAGACUCACGCCACUCGAGCAGCUCAACCUGGACAUGUGUCAGGACGACAGAGUAGUGCGCGAGAUCACCAUCGGCCGCCGCAUCGGUUUCUAUAAGAUCCGCGGAGAGAUCGGCUGUGGAAACUUCUCUCACGUCAAACUGGGGGUCCAUGCACUCACCAAAGAUAAGGUGGCCAUUAAGAUCCUGGACAAGACCAAACUGGAUCAGAAGACCCAGAAGCUGCUGUCUCGUGAGAUCUCCAGCAUGGAGAAGCUCCACCAUCCCAACAUCAUCCGUCUGUACGAGGUGGUGGAGACGCUGACACGUCUGCACCUGGUGAUGGAGUAUGCCGGAGGGGGCGAGCUCUACACCAAAAUCACCAUGGAGGGAAAACUGUCCGACCUCGACAGCAAAAUCGUCUUCUCGCAGAUCCUCUCUGCCGUCAAACACAUGCACGACAACAACAUCAUCCACCGUGAUCUGAAAGCUGAAAACGUCUUCUUUGCCUGCAGCACGUGUGUGAAGGUGGGUGAUUUCGGUUUCAGCACGGUGAGCCGGCGUGACGAGACCCUCAGCACGCUGUGUGGUUCUCCACCGUACGCGGCGCCCGAGUUAUUCCGUGAUGAGCGCUACGUGGGCGUGUACGUGGACGUCUGGGCUCUGGGCGUGAUGCUGUUCUUCAUGGUGUCGGGCACCAUGCCAUUCCGUGCCGACACUGUGGCUAAACUGAAGCGCUGCAUCCUGGACGGAGCGUUCUCAGUGCCGGAGUGGGUUCCUGAGCCGUGCCAGCGGCUGAUCCACGACAUCCUGCAGCCGCAGCCCUCCGAGCGCUGCAGCCUGGAACAGAUGAUGAGCAGCGAGUGGCUGCAGAACGUCGACUUCCCCAAAGCCACGGAGCCGUUUAAGCUGGACCCGCUGUACCUCGCGGAGGCGGAGGAUCUGGAGGAGGAUGAGUGUGAGGUGAGGAACAGCUUGCAGGCGCUUGGCAUCACCAUUGAACACAUCCGCAACAACCAGGGCAAAGACUGCAGGAGCUCAGUGACCGGUGUCUACCGCAUCCUGCUGCACCGCGCACACCGGCGCCGUGCCUUCGAAAGCAUGCCGCUCGUCACGCACAGUGUCAACGAGGCUAAGGAGGCUAAGAAGGAGAGGCUAAAGGCCUACAGGAGCCUCAGACACACGUCCAAACUCUGCGCAAUUUUGUAACGUCCUGAAAUAAAUAAAUUCUUAUUUUUUUACAGUCAGUAGAUGCAUUUCAAGGCAACUGGACUUGUUUUUAUUUUAUAAAUUAUGAAACUUGUUAAGGUCACAGCACUCGUUAACGUUGUCGAGUAACAGGUGUUGCUGUAUUAACACAGGUGGAGCUUAGGUUCCACUUUUUUAACCAAUUGCAAGACACAGUAGUUUUUAGUAGAUGUUUGCGAGUUUGCUAAUAAACCUGGUUAGCUACAUAACAGUACAAAGCUAGUGCUGGAGAGGUAACGCUAACGUUAGCAAACCCAGUGAAGCUAGUCAGCAGGUUGGUGUUAAUGCAGCACCACAUUUACAUAUCGACUAGCGUAAUGUUUUUAUAUUAUUAUAUUUUGUAAAUAAAAAUGUUCCACAGAGCACUACGCCGACCUGAACACCAGCUACAGUCUCACGUCAUCGGGUCACGUUCAUGAUUGCCACACGUGACUCAUUUUAAAACUACUCAGUAAUGGAGAACAGUUUUAAAUGAAAAGAACAC